CCGAGGGUCACGAGUCCUCCGGAGGGUGGGCUGCCCCGCGCAUGCCCGGGACGCAGCUGACUCAGGUGACCGGAAGUGGCGGCCGGAUCAAGAUGGCUGCGGGAGAGGCAGCUGGGAGAGCUGCUGGUUGCAGCAGCUGCGGCGCUGAAACUAUGGGACGGGUUCUACCUAUGCUGUUGGUGCCGGUCCCUGUGGAGGCAACCGGGCGGUUGGGCUCCCGGGCGCAGUUGCACAGAGAGCAGGAGGUUCUGGGGAGUCUAACAGCUGCAGGCAGCCUGCAGGUGCUUUCCUUGGCGCCGGGCGGCCGGAGCGGCGGUGCCUGCUGCCUCAAUGGCCCCUUUCGGCACUUUAUAUGGGAGGAUUCUCAUAACAGCAGCUCACCAACAGACAAGCCCAAACUUCUUGCUCUUAGUGAAAACUAUGAACUGUUUAUCUAUGAAUUUAAUUUGAAAGAUGGAAGAUGUGAUGCAACCAUUUUGUAUAGCUGUAGUGAGGAGACAUUGCAGAAGCUCAUUGAAGAUCAAAAUAUCAGUGUUUCCUUAUUAUCUUUGAGAAUUCUGUCAUUUCACAAUAACACAUCAUUAUUGUUCAUCAAUAAAUGUAUUGUCCUACACGUUAUAUUUCCUGAAAGAGAUGCUGAGAUCAGAGUACUCAACUGUUUCACGUUACCCUUGCCUGCACAGGCAGUGGACAGGAUCAUUGAUGUGCAGCUCUGCAGAGGAAUUCUUUUUGUUUUGAGUAGUUUAGGCUGGAUCUACAUUUUUGACAUUGUGGAUGGAAGACAUGUAGCUCAUGUGGAUUUAGCACUUCACCAAGAAGAUAUGUGUAAUGAACAGCAACAGGAACCAGCCAAGAUUUCUUCCUUUACUUCACUGAAAGUGUCUCAAGACCUAGAUGUUGUAGUGAUUGUCAGCUCCUUCAACUCUGCAGUUGCUCUUAACCUAAACUUGUAUUUCAGGCAACACCCAGGACACCUACUGUGUGAAAGAACUCUAGAAGACAUUCCUAUUGAAGGCCCUGAGGGGAUCGAUGAAGAUGAUCCUGUUAAUUCUGACUACAACAUGAAACUGACCAAGUUUUCCUUUCAAGUUGAUAGGUCUUGGAAAGCCCAGCUAUCAUCACUGAAUGAAAUAAUAAAGAGCUCCAAAUGGGAGGUUUCCUGUUGUGCUCCAUGGUUCCAGAAUAUUCUGCAUUUGGAGUUGCCAGAAUCUGGUUACCACAGUACUAGUACACCAGGCUGGGCCUUCAUCCCACAGGAUGUAAUGCAUAGCCACUACAAGCUUCCACAGAAAGAUCUUGCCAACACCGGUGACCCAGGAAGAUCAUGGAAAAUAAUGAACUUUAGUGAACUAAAGGAACCUGUUGAGCUUACAUGUAUGUCUGUGACAGGAUUCAGUGUACUGUUUACUUGGGCAGUGGAAAAGAUGGGCUGCACCAUUGUCCUUUGGGAUUUGGAGACCCAGGGUAUCCAGUGUUUUUCCCUUGGCAAAAGGUGUAUUCCUAUAGAUAUGAGUGGAGACCAGCAGCUGUGCCUUGUUUUGACAGAAAAUGGACUCUCCCUGAUUUUGUUUGGAUUGACUCAGGAGGAGUUUUUAAAUAGACUAAUGAUCCAUGGAAGUGCCAGCACUGUGGACUCUCUUUGCCAUCUCAAUGGUUGGGGGAGGUGCUCAAUCCCCAUACAUGCGCUGGAGGCUGGGAUAGAAAAUCGUCAGCUGGACACCGUAGAUUUCUUUUUGAAGAGCAAAGAAAAUCUUUUGAAUCCAUCCUCAAAAUCUUCCAUACCGGAUCAGUUUGAUGACUUUCCAUCUCAUUUAUAUUUAAGAAAUGUGGAAGAGCUGACACCAGCAUUGGAUUUACUUUGCUCAGCAAUUAGAGAAAGUGAUUCUGAAACCCAAAGCAAACACUUUUCAGAACAGUUGCUUAACCUUACACUGUCUUUUCUUAACAAACAAAUAAAGGAGCUUUUUGUUCACAAUGAAGAAUUAGAUGAACAUCUACAGAAAGGAGUGAACAUUUUGACCAGCUACAUUAAUGAACUUCGAACCUUCAUGAUAAAAUUUCCUUGGAAGAUAGUAGACCCAGUAGAUGAAUAUGAUGUAAGUGAAAAUGUCCUCAAAGUAAGAGAGAGUGAUACAUGGGAGAAACUCAGCAUUGAGGAAGUUAUUGCCAGUGCUAUUUUAAACAACAAAAUACCAGAGGCACAGACUUUCUUCAGGAUUAACAAUCAUUCUGCUCAAAGACUUGAGGAGCUGAUUAGAAUAGGCCUAAAUUUGGUCUUUGACUGUUUGAAAAAGAACAAUAUAAAGGAAGCAUCUGAACUUUUGAAGAAUAUGGGCUUUGAUGUAAAAGACCAGUUGCUCAAGAUAUGUUUCUAUACAACUGAUAAAAAUAUACGGGACUUUUUGGUGGAAAUUUUAAAAGAAAAAAAUUAUUUUUCUGAAAAUGAAAAAAGAACUAUAGACUUCGUGCAUCAAGUUGAGAAGUUUUAUUCAGGACAUUUUCAAGAAAAUAUGCAGAUCCAGUCCUUUACCAGGUAUUGGAUAAAGGAACAGGAUUUUUUCAAGCACAAAUCUGUUUUGGACUCACUCCUGAAAUAUGAUCCUAAAGAUAAAUUUAACAAACAGGACCAUAGAAUUGUGUUAAAUUGGGCUCAGUGGUGGAAUCAACUAACACAAGAAUCCAUCCUUCUCCCCAGGAUAAGUCCAGAAGAAUACAAAUCAUGUUCUCCUGAAGCCCUUUGGAGCUAUCUCACAGCCCAUCAUGACUGGUCAAGCAUUAGCUUGUGGAUUGAAGAAUUUCAGGCCCAGAACAGUUGUGUUUUACUGCAGCAGAACAAAUGGCCCCUUCUGACUGUUGAUGUUAUAGACCAGAAUACUUGCUGCAACAACUACAUGAGGAAUGAAAUUUUAGAUCAGCUGGCCAGGAAUGGAAUUUUUCUUCAAUCUGAGCUAGAAGACUUUGAACUCUUCCUGCUAAGACUGAAUCGCAUUGGGGGUGUGAUGCAAGAUGCUCUCCCCAUUCAAAACUACAGAUCCAAAGAAGGUUGGGAUUUCCAUUCUCACUUCAUUCUCUAUUGUUUGGAACACGGUCUGCAGUAUCCUCUCUAUGUCUAUCUUGACUUUCACAAACUUAGUCCUUCAAAUUGUCCCUUUUUGGAAAAAAAAGAAUUACAUGAAACUCACCCUUGGUUUGAAUUUUUGGUUCAGUGUCGACAGGUUUCCAGUAAUUUAACAGAUCCCAAACUGAUCUUCCAGGCUAGCCUUGCAAACGCUCAGAUACUGAUUCCCAGCAACCAGGCCAGUGUAAGCAGUAUGCUAUUGGAGGGACAUACUCUCCUGGCCCUUGCUACCACAAUGUAUGCCCCUGGCGGUGUCAGCCAGGUUGUUCAGGAUGAUGAAAAUGAGACCUGUUUGAAGAAAGUAGAUCCCCAGUUACUGAAGAUGGCAUUAACUCCUUAUCCCAAGCUAAAAACUGCUCUCUUCCCACAGUACACUACCUCUAAUGUUCUGCCGCCUGAUAUUACGCUUUACCACCUUAUUCAGUCACUAUUGCCCUUUGACUCUAGCAGAUUGUUUGGCUGGCAGUCUGCCAACACACUGGCUAUUGGAGAUGCAGUGAGUCAUCUCCCACAUUUUUCUAGCCCUGAUCUGGUUAAUAAAUAUGCUAUCAUGGAACGUCUGAAUUUUGCAUAUUAUUUACAACAUGGACGGCCAUCAUUUGCAUUUGGUACUUUUCUGGUCCAGGAAUUAACCAAGAGCAAGACUCCCAAGCAACUGAUCCAGCAAGUAGGCAAUGAAGCUUAUGUUUUAGGGCUCUCCUCCUUCUACAUUCCAACAGUAGGAGCUGCCUGUGUUUGUUUCUUAGAACUGCUUGGCCUUGAUAGCCUCAAGCUCAGAGUUGACAUGAAAGUGGCCAAUAUAAUUUUGAACUACAAAUGUAGAAAUGAAGAUGUUGAGUACAGCUGUAUCAGAGAGGCUCUAGCUGAAAAACUAUCUAAACUGGCUGUGGGUGAAAAGGCCACCGUAGAGGAAUUGCUUAUUCUCUUAGAAGAAGGUAUAUGGAACAACAUUCAGCAGCAAGAAAUAAAGAGGUUAUCUAGUGAAUCUAGCAGCCAGUGGGCAUUAGCAGUACAGUUCUGCAGGCUUCACAAUGUGAAGCUGAGCACGUCUUACCUUAGAGAAUGUGCCAAAGCAAAUGAUUGGUUACAGUUCAUUAUUCACAGCCAACUCUAUAACUAUCACCCAGAGGAGGUGAAAUCACUUCUUCAGUAUUUCAGUCCUGUCCUUCAAGACCACUUAAGACUAGCUUUUGAAAACCUGACCUCAGUGUCUAACUCCAAAAUGGAUAGUGAUCAAGUCUGCAGCAGGUCUCCCCAGGAACUCCAGAGAAACAAAGAAGAAAUGGCUGAUUUCUUUCAAGUUCUACUCCAGUGCUCAGAGGAACCAAACCCCUGGUGCUGGCUCCUAGCUGAAGCAAUGAAACAACAGGCUCCUAUCCUUAGUGUCCUGGCCUCAUGUCUCCAGGAUGCCAGUACUAUUCCUUGUCUCUGUGUUUGGAUCAUCACAUCUGUGGAGGACAGUGUUGCAGCUGAAGCAACAGAACACAUUCAGGGCUCAGUGGAAGGCCACAUAUGGGACCUUCAAGACCUCUCAGUCAUCUGGAGAACAUUAUUAACAAGGCAGAAGAGCAAAACUCUCAUCAGAGGUUUCCAACUUUUCUUUAAGGAUUCCCCACUACUGUUGAUGAUGGAGAUGUAUGAACUGUGUAUGUUCUUCAAGAAUUAUAAAGAAGCUGAAGCUAAACUUCUGGAGUUCCAAAAGAGCUUUGAAACUGUUGAAACAGCAGCCACAAGGGUCCACACUACCAUCCCUGCCCCAUGGCUGAAGGAGCAGGUGUGUUUUCUUCUGAAGCUUAUGCUGCAGCAGUGUGGGACCCAGUAUGAACUGGGGAAGCUUUUACAGCUAUUUGUUGGAAUAGAAAAUUUCUUCUCUGAUGGUCCAGAUGUGAAGAAGCUCUGUGUCCUUAGUGAAAUUUUGAAGGACACAUCCAUAGCCAUUAAUCAUGUAAUUAUUAGCAGCCACAGCCUUGAGAAUUUUCAGCAUGAAUGUAGAUCUAUUUUGGAAAAACUGGCGAUGGAGGGACAGUUUGCUUUGGCCAGGAGAGUAGCAGAAUUGGCUGAAUUACCUGUGGACAACUUGGUUAUUGAAGAGAUGACACAGGAAAUGCAAACCUUAAAACACAUUGACCAGUGGUCCCUGAAACAAGCAAGAAUUGACUUCUGGAAAAAAUGUCAUGAGAAUUUUAAGAAAAAUUCCAUUUCAAGCAAAGCAGCUUCUUCCUUUUUCUCAGCCCAGGCACCUGAGUGCUCAACUGAAGAGGGUCGGAGCAGCAGUGAGGAGCGCCAUCUGCUGCUCACAUUGGCAGCACACUGGCUUGCUCAGGAGGAUCUGGUGCCGGUGGCCGAACUGGAGGAGCUAGAGAAGCAGAUCUGGCUCUGCCGCAUUACCCAACACACCCUCAGAGAAAAACAGGAGCAAGUAGAGCUCGGGUUUUCUCAACAGAUUUCAACUAGUGGGGAACUUUCCUUUGAUGGCAUAGCCAGUAAGUUUUCACUCUCCAUGUUGGCUGUUCUGAACACAUCAAAGUACUUAGAACUCAGUGGCUUUCCAUCCAAAGAGACAUGUGAUAGCGGACUGGAUUGGAAGGAGCAGGAGUCACUGAACUUUCUGAUUGGGCACCUAUUGGAUGAUGGCUUUGUGCAUGAAGCAAGUAGAGUGUGUCGGUAUUUUCAUUUCUAUAACCAAGAUGUUGCCUUGGUGUUGCACUGCAGAGCACUGGCCUCAGGGGAAGCUAGUGUGGAUGACCUGCACCCAGAGAUCCAUGCUCUCCUACAAAGUGCUGAGCCGCUUGAGGAGGAGGAAGCUGGCAUUCCACUAAGAAAAGUCCAGAGCAACCUGUGUCUGCUUCCAGGUUCAAGUUUGGAUAGUCAGUCAUUUGUGAUGCUGCCCCCCAGUGAUGAAGUGGUGACCAAUCUGGAAACUCUGACAAGUAAAUGCCUCCAUGGGAAGAACUACUGUCGGCAGGUCCUGUGUCUGUAUGAACUUGCCAAGGAGUUGGGCUGUUCCUACACAGACGUGGCCGCUCAGGACGGGGAGGCCAUGCUCCGGGCAAUCUUGGUUUCCCAGCAGCCCGACCGAUGCAAGCGAGCCCAGGCUUUCAUUAGCACCCAGGGCCUCGAGGCAGACACAGUGGCUGAACUUGUGGCUGAAGAGGUGACCCGGGAGCUGCUGACCCCACCGGAGGGAACAGGACAUCAGCAGAUGUUUGCCCCAGCAGAGGAAAGCCGGACAUUUCUUCAGCUGACCACUCUGUGUCAAGACCGCACACUGGUAGGCAUGAAGUUGUUGGACAAGAUUUCGUCCGUUCCCCAUGGAGAAUUAUCUUGCACCACAGAGCUGCUGAUCCUGGCCCAUCACUGCUUCACACUGACAUGCCACAUGGAGGGUAUCAUCCGAGUCCUGCAAGCUGCCCGGCUGCUCACGGACAAACACCUGGCCCCCAAUGAAGAGUACGGGCUGAUGGUACGCCUCCUCACUGGCAUCGGAAGGUACAACGAGAUGACGUACAUAUUUGACUUGCUGCAUAAAAAGCACUAUUUUGAAGUGCUGAUGAGGAAGAAGUUGGAUCCGAGUGGCUCCCUGAAGACUGCCCUACUGGACUACAUCAAACGCUGCCGCCCUGGGGACAGUGAGAAGCACAACAUGAUCGCUCUGUGCUUCAGCAUGUGUCGGGAGAUUGGGGAGAACCAUGAGGCAGCUGCCCGCAUCCAGCUGAAACUGAUCGAGUCUCAGCCCUGGGAGGACAGCCUCAAGGAUGGGCACCACCUGAAGCAGCUGCUGCUGAAAGCCCUGACUCUGAUGCUGGAUGCAGCCGAGAGCUAUGCCAAGGACUCCUGUGUGCGACAGGCCCAGCACUGUCACCGGCUCACCAAGUUGAUAACACUGCAGAUUCAUUUUCUGAACACUGGCCAGAACACAAUGCUCAUCAACCUGGGCCGCCACCGGCUGAUGGACUGUAUCCUCGCUCUACCUCGGUUCUACCAGGCUUCUAUUGUGGCCGAAGCCUAUGACUUUGUUCCUGAUUGGGCAGAAAUCCUCUACCAACAAGUGAUUCUUAAAGGAGACUUUAAUUACCUGGAAGAAUUUAAGCAGCAAAGGUUAUUAAGAUCCAGUAUAUUUGAAGAGAUUUCAAAAAAAUAUAAACAACAUCAGCCGACAGACACGGCUGUGAAAAACCUGAAAAAGUUACUCACAUACUGUGAAGAUGUCUACUUGUACUACAAGCUCGCAUAUGAACACAAAUUUUAUGACAUUGUGAAUGUGCUUCUGAAGGACCCUCAGACUGGCUGCUGUCUAAAGGACAUGCUAGCAGGUUAGGUGGAUUCAGACGCUAGGAGGGUGGCUACUGCCAAGGUGUCCUGGGUGCUUGUGUUCUUGUACUGAGAUGAGGUGCUGACAGGUAUUUGCAAUCGGAGAAGAAUAGACUGACCUGGUAACCAGUCCUCUGUGAAUAGGGGGUAAAGAAUGAAUUUUCACAAGGUAAUAAGUAUUUAAAAUUGAUUGUUCAUCUAUACCACUUUAUAUAGAUACUGGUAUUAAGAUCAAAAGCUCCAUCUUCCUAUUUAGAUAUACAGUAUUGAUUAAAGAAUAUCUGUGCCUGCAGAUUCCAGUUUCAAAGGAAUUUAAUAUUAUUUACACAGUUAAGGAACAGAUGAUACAUUUCCAUUUGUUAGAAACUGAUCUCUAUAAUAAAAUAGAUUUUAAAUUCA